AUGGCUGUCUCUAACCUGCUAUGUUCGCCCUGGGCGCCAGUCGCGGCACUCGUCGGCUUUGCGGCCUCCUAUCUGUUCUCGUAUCUCGUCACAUACAAGCAUCUGAGGCACAUCCCGGCUCCAUUUCCUGCCCAGCUCUCCAACCUCUGGCUGUUGGCAGUUGUGCGCCGGGGCAAUCGGUACGAGACGGUCGACCAGGUCCACAAGAGGCUAGGCCCGGUUGUCCGCAUCCAGCCUAACCACGUCAGCAUCAACGACGACGAGGCCAUCCAGGCCAUCUACGGCCACGGGAAUGGCUUCCUAAAAGCGUCCUUUUACGAUGCCUUCGUCAGCAUCAGGAGGGGCCUCUUCAACACGCGGAACCGCGCCGAGCACAGCCGCAAGCGUAAGAUCGUCUCACACACCUUCUCGGCCAAGUCGGUCAGCCAGUUCGAGCCCUACAUCCACAGCAACCUGGAGCUCUUUGUCAAGCAAUGGGACACGCUCAUUGCUAGGUCUACCAACCCGGACGGCGCUGCCCACGUCGAUUGCCUGCAGUGGUUCAACUUCCUCGCCUUUGAUGUGAUAGGGGACCUGGCCUUUGGCGCGCCGUUCGGCAUGCUCUCGUCGGGCGCCGACCUCGCCGAGAUCCGCACCUCGCCCGACAGCCCGCCCACCUACGCGCCGGCCAUCGAGAUCCUCAACCGCCGCGGCGAGGUCUCGGCCACGCUGGGCAUCCUCCCGCAGCUCAAGCCCUACGCCAAGUGGCUACCCGACCCAUUCUUCUCGCAGGGCCUGCAGGCGGUCGAGAGCCUCGCGGGCAUCGCCAUCGCGGCCGUCAAGACGCGCCUCGACAACCCGCCGCCCGUCUCGCGCAAAGACCUGCUCGAGCGGCUGAUGGAGGGCCGCGACGACAAGGGCGAGCCGCUGGGCCGCGAGGAGCUGACGGCCGAGGCCCUGACGCAGCUCAUCGCCGGCAGCGACACGACGUCCAACUCGUCGUGCGCCCUACUCUUCCACGUCGCCCGCACGCCUGGCGUGCUGGCCGCGCUGCAGGCCGAGCUCGACGCCGCGGUGCCCAGCUACAUCGACGUGCCGACCUUCGACAUGGUGCGCGACCUGCCAUACCUACAAAACGUCGUCAACGAGACGCUGCGCUUCCACUCGACGUCGGGCAUCGGGCUGCCGCGGCUCGUCCCGCCCGACUCGCCCGGCGUCACCAUCCGCGGCCACUUCUUCCCGCCCGGCACCGUGCUCAGCGUGCCGACGUACUCGGUCCACCACUCAGCCGACAUCUGGGGCCCCGACGCCGGCGAGUUCCGCCCCGGCCGCUGGGACGCGCUGACGCCCCGCCAGAAGAACGCUUUCAUCCCCUUCAGCUACGGCCCGCGCUCUUGUGUCGGCCGCAACGUCGCCGAGAUGGAGAUGAAGCUCAUCGUCGCCUCGUGGGCCCGCAGGUACCACGUCGAACUCCGCCAGGACUACAUGCACACCCGCGAGGGCUUCCUGCGCAAGCCGCUCGGCCUCGAGAUCGGCCUGCGCCGGCGCUGA